UUAUAUGUUUGUAACAUAGCUUGAUCUAGUUUUCGCUUAAGAUUGAAAUUUACCAGUCGCUACCUUUUGGGUUCUAAAUUGUUAAAAUUUCACUUAAAAAAAUAACUUACUUAGUGUUUAACCUCAUUUGACACCGCUGGAUUGCCUUCAGCUUAAAAACGGCUCAGACCUGAGAUUUAGAGCAAAGAUGUCGUGUGGUUUUUCAGAGAUUGGGCUGAAGGAAAAUAUGGAUGCAGUAGGCGAAUCUAUUACACAUUUUGCAAGGUCAUUCGACAGACACACUGUUGAAACAAGACAAAUAUUACAGAAAUUAUUUCAAUUAUUACAAGUGUCCAUCUGUGAUGAUGCAGACAGUAAAGAGAUAAUGAAGCUGACCCGUGAUUAUGUCACAUCUGAAACGGAUUUAGAUACAGAAAAGAAUGCCACAUUGGCUCGCAUUGACACACUUUUACAAACUUUACCGGAUAAGAAGAAAUAUAAAGAUGGUUCUUCAUAUUCAAUCCCAGGAAGAAAAAUACUAGAGGAGUAUCUUAAAGAACCAAAACAGGAACUUCCUAUCUUAUCGGCAGUAGCAGAUAACAAGGAGCGUCAAGAAAAAGGAAAAACUAAAUUGAUGGAAAAUGCAUUAGCGCCGUUAAAUAAACCGACUGCAAAGGAAGAGGAGAGGAUGGUCAAACGAUGGUCAAAAGACAGUACCAAGGAGAAACUAAGCGACAAUCAUGGUAAACAAAGAGAAUAUAAACUUGAAAGUAAAAAUGUUGAAAUCAAGAAACUUCAUUUUACAGUCGACCAGACGAAAAAAGAGACAGAAUCGUUGAAAUUUAGGGUUUCAGGCAAUAUGGUAUUUGACAAAAAAGUCUUUGAUAAUAUAAGAGCGGAAAAUGAAAGAUUGAAAAGAGAAAAAGAAGUGUACAAACUGAAAAAAGUGAACUAA